GAGAGGGGCCUCUUUUCUAUUAUUAUUAUUAUUGUUAUUGACAUUUUUCUUCUCUUCUCUUUUCUUUUUUUUUUCCCCUUGGGUAAAGUUCGCUCCCUCCUGUUCCGUUGCUGUAACUCCGCUGUGGUUACCUUCUCUUCCUCAUCUCUCUCAUCCCUUACCUACCACUCCCUCUCCCUCCAAGGUCCCUCGUUUGCGUGCGUACGGUGUCGUAUCGUCCUUUCCUGCGACUCCCAUCCUUCCCUUCUCUUGUCCGAACGAAACUCUUACUGCCGAUAUUUCACCUUUCCUUUUUCGUCUAUACACCCUGCUCACCUUGCUCGCCCUGCUUUUCUCACCACAUUGCCUCUCUCACCUCCCGCAAUUCCUAUCACACAUUCUAUGGUUACCCCUUAGUCUCCCUAGUGACUCUGCGUCCCUUUCUUCAAUCCUCCUAUCCCCUAAUCUCCGGCAACCUUGACAGCUCACCGCUCACAGGAGCACUGGUUCCUUCCGGUCUUUGGCACCCGUCAGAGCUGGUGUCUGAGCUUUUCACGAAGCUGAGGACCUAUCCACCUUUUUCCUUCUGUCCCCCCCCUUUUUCGCCAUGAGCUCUGUUCUCAUCUCGUGGGGGCUAUUCCUCGCUAUAGCAUUUGCAGGGUAUUGGUGGUACGGCGGAUCGGGUAGAGCUCAGCCUCAUGGCAGGCGUGUCGUCUCGGCUGCCUCGGACAAGUUAUCCGGUAGCGGCAUCUUUGUGAGCAGUGGGACAGAUGGCAACACGGCGGAAAAGAAAAAAAAACCUAAGAAGAAGAAGACCGCCCUCUCGAACACUGUCCCUAAAAAGGUGACUUACAACGGAAACGGUGAGAAGGUUGCACAAUCAACCGAUGAUGAUGUGGCUCAAGAUGAGGAUGAGCUACAAGCUUUGCGUAGGCUUCAAUCUCUCACAGAGAGUGGUGGGAAGAAAGGAGCUCCAUCGAGCUCAUCAACAAAACAGUCCCAAUCGCAGAAAUCUCAAUUACAGAAGCCUCACCUUACGACCCCUGCCUCUCCCUUCGCAACAGCCUCUCAGACAUCCUCCACCGGCGCCGAUGCAGAUAUUGACGAAGAGGAGACAUCACAAUUGCCCGGGUCUGGGUUCCCGCAAUCUACUUCUACAGAUCCUAGUGACAUGCUAGAAGGGUCUACCCCAGGAGCUCGCGUCCUUACAAUCACACCAUCGACACAGCCUCCACCCAGCCAGAGGCAGGGGCCUAUCACACCCUCGGGCCAGAGUGGAACGCACGCAAUCAAAAAUGCGAAGAAGAAAGAGAAAAAGAAGCUGGAAAAGGAGGCAGAAAGAGCUGACCAAAAGGCCAGAUUUGAGCAGCACCGUGCGAGUGUGAGGGCCACAGAAGCGGCUAAGCUGAAGAGCAAACCGCCUCCCGAUGAUCGCAUGGUUGAUUCCGCAUGGAUUACUGUCAAUGGCAAGAGGUCUUCCACUCCUACCAAUGCUCCAGAGAUCAAGUCAGUUUCGGGAGACCUUCUCGACACGUUUGUGUCACCCGACUCCCAAGCCAGCACCCAACACAUCUCUGGCGAUAGCGAAGAAGACAAGAACCUUGCAAAAAGUCAAGACCUCACUCAACGUCAAGAUAUAACCGACUCGUUAUGGGAGACGGUUCCCGCAUAUCUUGCAGCGGAUUGGAGCGAAGUUCAGAGAAAAGGCCGGAAGCAGAAGAAGGUAAACAAUAAUCCCGAUACCGGCAAGAGCGAGGAUGAAUCGGCAAGUAUUGAGUCCACUAAAGUUUCCCGUCAACCUGAACCCGAGAGGCCACCAGUUUCGAAAAAGGAGGGUUUCAAGAAGGAAGCUUCCCAGACUGUGGCCAGCGAAGCCACUAGGAGCAGUAACGGAUUCCAAUUGUUGGAUACUGGCAGUACCACUAGUGAUACGAAAAACUCAAGCUCAGAUUGGGCAGAAGUUGACGACUCGGAUAAUUGGGCAGUUCACACAGAGAGC